GCGAUGGCGUUGGCAGAGCUCGUCCACCGGGUCUUCGAUGCGUUCGUUAUUAUUUACAGCUCUACUUUUUGCUCUUCCAAACAACACGUGGACUACCGGCGACGUCUCUCUGCCCUUGUGCCUGCGGUGACGGAUCAUCCCCCCCCCCAACGGUAGUGAUCCUCGGUGGACAUGUUAUACUCCUGCGCCGUCGUCUGCUUGAUGCUCUUCCACUCCAGACACUCCCCACUAACGAUUGUUGACCAAGCUAUAGCCAGGCUGGCGUCGACGGCUUGGGUCAGUGCAUCGUUGACCGUCUGCGCGAGCAAGAGCUAGGGCUCGAUGGGGCGAGGGGGGCGGGGAGGGGGGGUGCGCCGAUGCUGCUGCUACUGCUGCCACUCGCGUCGGAGGUAUGCUACUGCACGUCGCCCGGGAUUGCGGCCAGCUGCGGGAUUCGCUCCGCGACCAAGCGUUGCAACUGGUUCAGGAAGACGCUCUGGGCGACCGAGGUUAGAAAACCGCCGCCGAGUGAAUGCCAAGAUGAUUUGAACCGUAUCGACAGCGAUGUCGACCGCUGGAAUCACGGUCUGUACGGGGAUGACGGGGUGCUAGAAGCCGAGGUCGAUACCCGCGCUGUAGAGGAUCUGGUAACCGAUCGAUUGCGCCGUUGUGGUAUCGGGCUUGAGCGUAGUAAUGGCGCCAACACCGGCGGCGCAGAAAAUGGCCGCCGCCAAGUAGAAGGUUCCGGACUAAAUCGGCGCAGUGUCACGGCCACCGCUCGCGAUGGAGACGAAGAUUAUGGUGAUGAGCAUGGGAUGUUGCUCAUGGCGAAUCAGGUCGCGGAGGUGCCGCGCACCAGUUGAAAGUAGAUCGGGGGCGAGUAG